AAUACAUCGAUGCUAAUAAGUUUGGUAUCGAUACUUAUUCAACAUCUGUGCUGCCUUUGCUCCUCCAGAACUUUUACAUAAUCUGAGCCCCCGUUUUGUGUGAAAUUCGGUAUUAAACAAAAGAUGUCGUUCACACAAGUCGCACGUAGCUGCGGCCGAUUUGCGGCUGCUCUGCACACAGUUCGCAUUGCCAAAACCGUUGUACAGACACAGUCUAGGAUGAUGCACCGAAUUGCCAUGCCUGCUAUUGGCAGUCAACUCACUCAAAAACAGAUGUUUACAAUUCGCAACUACUCGGCGAGGAACACUCUUGAAGAAAUUGAGCAUCGUGUAUUGAAAGUCGUAUCAGCCUACGACAAAGACAGCAGAUGUCGCUGGCAAACGCAAUCAUUGCGCAGUUAUUCGGCGAAACCGCCAUUGUCGCUGAAGCUUAUCAACGAGCGUGUCUUGCUUGUGUUGAAGCUGUACGAUAAGAUCGAUCCCAGCAAGCUCAAUGUGAACUCUCACUUCAUCAAUGAUCUGGGCUUGGACUCGUUGGAUCACGUAGAGGUUAUCAUGGCCAUGGAGGAUGAGUUUGGCUUUGAGAUUCCAGACUCGGAUGCUGAGAAGCUUCUGAAACCUGCCGACAUCAUUAAAUACGUCGCCGACAAGGAGGACGUAUAUGAAUAGAUGUAAUGCGAAAACCUUAAAAGUUUACACAUUAAUUUUAAAUGAAAGGCAUCAAAUUCAAUUUGAAGAAUAUAUAAAAUUUAAAUAAAAA